AUGGAUGCACCGGUGCUGGACUCUGCUCAGGCAAAGCAUGGCUCACUUCUGCUCAGGCAGCUGGAGAGGAUGAGAGCAGCUGAGGAGCUCACUGAUGUGGUGCUGGUGGCAGAGGGGAUUCCCUUUCCAUGCCACAAGGUGGUGCUGUCUGCAUUCAGCCCUUACUUCCAGGCCAUGUUUACAUGUGGUCUGAAGGAGACCCGGGGAGGAGAGGUGCCUCUCAGAGACACUCCCGCUCACAGCCUGGAGCUACUGCUGGACUACAUGUACCAAGCUCAACUUCCACUUUCCAAUGACAACAUCCAAGGAGUGGCUGCUGCUGCGUUCCUGCUCCAUAUAGAUGGAGCCUUCAGGUUGUGUCAGAACCACAUGGAAGCCCGCAUGGACCCCUCUAACUGUGUCGGUCUGUACCACUGGGCCAGAGACCUGGGGGCCACCGGUCUGGCCGACUGCGCCUUGAGAUACCUCUGCCAACACUUUGCAGAGGUUUGUGAAGAAGAAGAAGUGCUGGAGCUGGAUGCCCAAAGUCUUGGGGACCUGCUGGGUUCAGAUGACCUCAACAUAUCGCAGGAGCAGGUUGUGCUUGAGCUGGUGCUGCGUUGGGUGGAGAGGCGAAGGGGGGACUCGCAGAGCGAAGCCCGGGCUGUGGAGUUACUCAGGCGCGUUCGGCUGGAGCUUGUGGACCCUGGAUUCCUCCGUAAGGCCAGGAGGAGGAACCCGGUAUUGCUGCGGGAUGCUGAGUGCUUUGGGAUGAUUGACGCUGCCCUCCAGACCUCAGGUCUUUGUGCCACAUCAGCUCCACGUCGGCCGGCCCUUCGCUACGGCAUGGAGACCACAGACCUGCUACUCUGCGUGGGUGGGGUGAACAAGGAGGGAGUGCCAGCCCGCCGUGGAGGAGUUGCUGACCUCAGUUUUUGCUUUGCCCCCCACGGUAAGAAGACUUCCUACAUCCCCUCUCCGCUGAGAGCCUGUGGAGGCUUGGGACAAAUCACAGCGGGGGCGGUGACACGAGACAACAACAUCUUGGUGGCCAUAGAGGCAGAAGAUCAACACAGGAUGAAGAGGGUGGAUAUCUACAGGUAUGAUAAUUCAGAGGAGAACAGCUGGGUGGCGCUGUGCACAGCAACAUACAGGGACAUGUAUGCUGUGGGGCUGCUAGGUGACAGCCUCUAUAUGAUAGGCGGUCAGAUGAAAGUACGCAAUCACUACAUCAUCACCGACAGUGUGGAGAGGUGGUCGCUGAAGAGAGGAGGCAGCUGGCUUGGCUUCGCCCCCCUGCCUCUCCCCUUAGCCUGCCACUGUGCUGUCAGCCUGAAGGAGCACCUCUAUGUGCUGGGCGGCUGGACACCACAGCACCAGCCAGACGAGGAGCCCGACAAGCUGAGUAACCGUGUGUUUCAGUUCGACCCUGGCAAGGACAGGUGGACAGAGCGUGCCAGCAUGAAGUACUCCAGGUACCGCUGCGGCACGGCUGUCCUCAAUGGAGAAAUCUACAUACUAGGUGGUAUAGGAUGCGAUGGAGUGGACCGUGGACAAUCACGUCGCUGUCUGAGCUCAGUGGAGAUCUAUAACCCAGACGCAGACACCUGGAGGGCAGGACCGACCCUUCCCACAUGUUUACUCUCCCACCGAACCAACGCCUCCAACGUAGGAGUAGUGGAGGGCAAGCUGUACCUCUGUGGAUACUACAAGGGGGCCGGCCGUCAUGAGAUCAUCACCAAGGAGAUUUUGGAGUUGGACCCUGCAGACAAUGUGUGGAAGGUGGUGGAAAGACGAGCGGCCAUGCAUGACAGCUAUGACGUCUGUCUGGUGGCUAACCUCAAUCCUCGUGACCUCUUCACACCCUAA